AUGCCUACUCUGGACUGGAAGGCGUCCCGGCCUGGCAUUGUGUCCAGCGAGAUCGAGUGGAUCUCGUUCGCCAACCCCAUACCGAUCUAUAAUCGCAUCUACGGUCUCUUCUGGCUCUCAUUAUACCCGCUUCUUUACUAUGCGUACCACUAUCGCUACAAGGACUGGAUCCAGUCCGAGGAGUGGACGUUCAUCUACUGCGUCCUGGUCUUCGGCGGUCAUGCUCUCAGCUUCCUCUCGACACGGUGGAGCAAUGCGAUCCGCGCAAAGCUCUGUUACACCACCGCGUUCUCCUUCGACUCUGCGUCUACCAUCCGCGUCGUCCCCAAGAAGGGCCGCGGUACUGGCGAGUUUGUUCCUCUUGACUCCAAGGUCGCGCCCGGCGCCGCCAAGCCGACCUACUCGUUUGUCUACCAGCGCGACACGUACGUCUACCAGGACGACGAGGAGAGCUUCACCCCCAUUCCUUACCCGUGUGACGAGAUGCCGCCCAUUGGCGACUUCCAGCAGUCUCACGGCAUCGUCAGCCACGGCGUCGCGAAGAAGAUAGGCAAGGCUGCGGCCGCGCCACAGUCGCUCCCGUCCCUCGACGUGCUCAAGGCAAUGUACGGCCCGAACGAGUGCCACAUCCCCAUCCCCAAGUUUAUGGAGCUCUUCGCUGAGCACGCCGUCGCGCCUUUCUUCGUGUUCCAGAUGUUCUGCGUCGCGCUCUGGAUGCUCGACGAGUACUGGUACUACUCGCUGUUCACGGCAUUCAUGCUGGUUGUCUUCGAGUGCACCGUCGUGUUCCAGCGCGUUCGCACUCUUACCGAGUUCCGCACCAUGUCCAUUACGCCGUACCCCGUCCAGGCGUUCCGCGACGGUAAGUGGGUCGAGGUCAUGAGCAACGAGCUGGUCCCCGACGACCUCGUGAGCAUCCUUAGAACCAAGCCCGACUCUGGCAUCCCGUGCGACCUCCUUCUGCUCCGCGGCACGUGUAUCGUCAACGAGGCCAUGCUCUCCGGAGAGUCGACCCCACUCCUCAAGGAGUCGGUCGACCUUCGCGACCCUACUGACCGCCUCGACAUCAACGGCGCGGACCGCAACUCUGUCCUCUUCUCCGGCACCAAGGCCCUCCAGGUCUCGCAGGGUGACGACGUUGUCGGUUCUGGUAUCAAGACGCCCGAUGGUGGCUGCCUCGCGGUUGUCCUCCGCACCGGCUUCGGUACGACCCAGGGCCAGCUCGUGCGCACCAUGAUCUUCUCUACCGAGCGUGUGUCUGCCAACAACUUUGAAUCCUUCCUGUUCAUUCUGUUCCUCCUCAUCUUCGCCAUCGCGGCCUCAGCGUACGUCUGGAUCAAGGGCCUCGAGCGUGGCCUCGCCAAGGGCAAGCUCCUCCUUGACUGCAUCCUCAUCAUCACCUCGGUCGUCCCGCCCGAGCUCCCCAUGGAGCUCUCUCUGGCCGUCAACGCCUCCCUUAUCGCGCUCCAGAAGUACGCCAUCUUCUGCACCGAGCCGUUCCGCAUCCCGUUUGCGGGCCGCGUCGACGUGUGCUGCUUUGACAAGACUGGUACCAUCACCGGCGAGGAUCUCGUUGUUGAGGGUGUCUGCGGCGUCGACGCCGUGGACCCCAAGCGCCUCGUUCCGGUCACCGAGACCAGCAAGGAGACGACCCUCUCGCUUGCUGCCGCGCAUGCUCUCGUUCUCCUCGACGACGGCACCAUCGUCGGCGACCCGAUGGAGAAGACCACGCUCCAGGCCCUCGACUGGAAAGUGUCCAAGGGCGACAACGUCUCGCCCAACUCCAAGGACGCUCCCCACCGCCACGCCAUCAACAUCCGCCGCCGCUUCCAGUUCUCGUCUGCGCUCAAGCGCAUGUCCACCAUCUCGGCUGUCACCGACCCCUCGGGCCGCAAAUGGAUUGCUGCUGUCAAGGGUGCUCCCGAGACGCUCAAGACCAUGUACACCAAUGUUCCUGCGUUCUAUGAGGAGACCUACCGCUACUACACCCGUCGUGGUUCGCGUGUCCUCGCUCUUGGCAUCAAGGAGAUGAAGAUUUCGGCCGACCAGAUCAACCACAUUGCGCGCGACAAGGUCGAGAGCGACCUUGAGUUUGCCGGUUUCCUCGUUUUCCACUGCCCGCUCAAGCCCGACGCCGUCGAGGUUCUCAAGAUGCUCGCCGAUUCGUCGCACCGCUGCAUCAUGAUCACUGGUGACAACCCGCUCACUGCCGCCCACGUUGCGCGCGACGUCGAGAUUGUCGACCGCGAUGUCAUGAUCCUGGACCUCAAGGAGGGCUCGUCGGACGAGAUUGUGUGGCGCAACGUUGACGAGACCAAGAUUGUGCCCGUGGACACCUCGCUGCCACUCGACCCCGAGAUCCUCCGCGACUACGACAUCUGCGUGACCGGCGCUGCCGUCAAGGAGUUUGAGCACCGGGAGCAGUGGAAGGCCCUUGUCUCGCAUACCUGGGUUUACGCGCGUGUCUCGCCUUCGCAGAAGGAGUACAUUGUUUCGACUCUCCGUGACCUCGGCUACACCACCCUCAUGGCUGGCGACGGCACCAACGACGUCGGCGCUCUCAAGCAGGCGCACAUUGGCGUGGCUCUGCUCGACGGCACUGAAGACGACCUGAAGAAGAUUGGCGAGCACCAGCGUAACGAGCGCCUCAAGAAGGUGUACGAGCAGCAGUGCAAGAUCUCGGCCCGCUUCAACCAGCCCCCGCCUCCAGUCCCUCCCGCACUUCGCGAGAUGUACCCCGAGCUGGUUGCGACGCAGGAGCAGGUCGCCGCCGACCACAGCGAGGCAAAGCGUCAGAACCCAAUGGAGAAGUUUGACCUCGCGACCAUCACCUCCAAGCUCGCCGACAUGGACGACGGGCAGGAGGUGCCACAGAUCAAGCUCGGCGACGCCUCAUGCGCCGCGCCUUUCACCUCGAAGCUGUCCAACGUCUCCGCUAUCUCCAACAUUAUCCGCCAGGGCCGCUGCACUCUCGUUGCGACCAUUCAGAUGUACAAGAUUCUCGCGCUCAACUGCCUCAUUACUGCGUACUCGCUCAGUGUCCAGUACCUCGACGGCAUCAAGUUCGGUGACUACCAAGUGACGAUUACCGGCAUGCUCAUGAGCGUGUGCUUCUUGUGUAUCUCUCGCGCCAAGCCGGUCGACAAGCUGAGCCGCGAGCGUCCCCUUGGCAACAUCUUCAACUUCUACGUCCUCCUCUCGGUCCUCCUGCAGUUUGCGGUGCACUGCGCUGCACUGCUGUACAUUACCGCCAUCUCGCGCACUCUCGAGGACCUGGGCGAGAUCGACCUGGACAAGAAGUUUGAGCCCUCGCUCCUCAAUACUGCCAUCUACCUCCUCGGUCUCUCGCAGCAGGUCUCGACCUUUGUCCUCAACUUCCAGGGCCGCCCGUUCCGCGAGGGCAUCAAGGAGAACCGUCCUCUAUACCUCGGUCUCCUCGGUGCCUCGUGUGUCGCGUACAGCGGUGCGCUCGACAUUCUCCCCGAGUUUAACUCGUGGCUCCAGCUCGUCGACAUGAAGUGGAGUUUCCGCCUCGUGCUGACGGCCGUCAUGGUCGGCGACUUUGUUGGAUGCUGGGUCAUUGAGACGGCGUGCAAGGCACUCUUUGCCGACCUCGAGCCCGCCGAGAUGGUCACCCGUGGCCGUGAACGCCGUGAAGCCCGCCGCGCCCUCGAGGAGAAGGAGAAGGCGGAGGCGUUGCCGGACCUCAAGGAGGUUGUUGGGGAGAAGAAGACGCAGUAG